AUUUUCUAAAUUUAGUAAUAUAACCUAAAAAACAUGUCGUUUAUUAAAAGUUGCACACGAUUAUCAAAACAUUUAACACAAUUAGUACAAAAUAAUUAUAAUUUAUUAGGAUUUUCAUUUAAAAAUAACCUAUUACUCCCGAAAAAUGUUCGAACAAUUCAUACAACAUCAAUGAACAAUGAUUUAAUGGAAUUUUUCGAUGAUAAAAAGAAUUGGAAUCAAAGUGAAGUGAAAGUUGGACGAUCAUGGCGUACAGAUGAAUUACGAUUAAAAUCAAAUUCUGAUUUACAUAAACUAUGGUACGUGCUAUUAAAAGAACGUAACAUGUUAUUAACAAUGGAAUACGAAAGUGCUGAAAAAAUGAAAUUAUUUCCAAAUCCUGAACGUUUGGAUAAAGUAAAAGAAUCAAUGGAGAAUUUAGAAACAGUUGUACGAGAACGUAAUCAAGCAUACUUUUUAUUAGAAACAGGAGAAACUGGUGAACGGCCACGGAAAUUAGCACGAAAUGUUUUUGGACUUCAUUAUAAUUAUAGGAUGAGUGAACAUGUCAUACCAAAAUUUAUGAAUACAUCAUGGAAAAAGAAAAUGUAUUUUUAUAAACCAAAUAUGGCUGUAUCGAAAUUUUUACGAUUGUAUCGUGAAAAAUUAUUUAAUGAAAAACGUAAAAAACGUAAUCGUGAUUUUAAUCAUGUCGUACAAUUAAUUAAACGUUUUCCAAAUUUGGAUAUGAAUGCGGUCCGUGAACAAUUCCCUAGUGUGGAUAUCGAGAAAGCGAAAAACCAUAAUAGAGCACGAGGCCAUUCUGUACCUACUUAAGUUCUUUUUAGGUUUUUUUUUUAGG